AUGUCCGCCCCCGGGUGUGGAGGUGACACGCCAGAGCCCCGCCAGCUUGAGGGACACCCAUUAAGCGCCAUCGUCACGCAUCCCGCUGUCACCUCCGGGGUGCCUCCCCCGUCCGGUUUUGGGACUACAACUCCCAGCGUGCCGCGGGGCGGGCGGGGCCGGCGCGGCGUUCCCGGCGUAACCAAUCGCCACGCUGCGGGGAGUAUUGAGAGCAAACACGAAGUCACAAUCUUAGGAGGACUCAAUGAAUUUGUUGUGAAGUUUUAUGGACCACAAGGAACACCCUAUGAAGGUGGAGUAUGGAAAGUUAGAGUCGACCUUCCUGAUAAAUACCCUUUCAAAUCCCCGUCUAUAGGAUUCAUGAAUAAAAUUUUCCAUCCCAACAUUGACGAAGCGUCAGGAACUGUAUGUCUAGAUGUAAUCAAUCAAACUUGGACAGCUCUCUACGAUCUCACCAAUAUAUUUGAAUCGUUCCUGCCCCAGCUGCUGGCCUAUCCCAACCCUAUAGAUCCUCUAAAUGGUGACGCUGCAGCCAUGUACCUCCACCGACCAGAAGAGUACAAACAGAAAAUUAAAGGUAAGGAUGUAAAGAACAUGUUGUGGAAUGAGUGA